UUUUUUCUUUCUCUUCCGGUUAUUCGUGCGCCAAAAGACUUAGGCGCGAUUUUUAAAGAAACAGCGAGGAGUCCGAGAAAGCGGUUAAGCGGCUGACCGAUCCAAAAGGGAUGAAUUUUGAGCCUCACGCGUUUGUGAUGAACGUCUAGAUUGAGAUAAGUCCGUUUAAACCAGUUUCAGCAAACCGGCAAAGAAAACAAGCCAAGACUGUGUAUCAUUGUAAUUGUACCGUUUAGAUCAAAAUGUCCGGUAAAGCAAAUGCUUCAAAGAAAAAAUCCCAACAGUUAAAAAGAAAUGCAAAACAAAGAGCUGAUGAAGAAGUGGAUUUGCCAGAGCAUGAGGUUGGAAACACAGCAAAAAGAAACAAGAGUCAUGCAGAACAUCCGUCCUCUAAAGUAACUGGACAAGCAAAACGUAUUAAUCUGAAACAGGUAAAAAUAUCAUCCAACAAGAAAAUAAACUGGCAACCUCUUCCAAAGAAUACUGAAGAAUAUUUGAGAAGUAUGAUGGAAUCAGUAAUUCUAGAAAUUUUAAACAAAAACAGUAAAAGAAAGGAACAAAUUCAGUAUCAUCUUAACCUCUUGAAGAGAAGAUUACUACAACAGUGUGGAACAUUGAAAGUCCCUCCCAGAAAGCUGAACUAUUUAACUGAUAUGUCAAGUCUGCUGAAAAUGGAAAAGGCACAGGAAAAAAAAAAUGAAGAGAGCCUAGCUUUACUGCAAGAAGAAAUAGACAAAAUCGUCGAGACCACAGAGUCAAUGACUGAAAGUAUUCAGAGCCUAAAAAACAAAAUUCAAAUUCUGACAAAUGAAGUAGCAGAAGAGGAACAGAAGGUGAAAGAGGUAUUUCUCAUGGAUAAUAAUAAGGCACUGACUCUUCCUGAACUUUCGGAGAAAAGUCUUAAAGCACCCAUACUUCAUAAAAAAAUUUUGGCACUAAUUCCCAACCAGAAUGCUCUUCUGAAGGACUUGGAUGUUCUUCACAGUUCAGCCCCAGUGAAAAACAUGUCAGCAUUCAUUCAAGAAGCCUAUCAGAGACUUGACAGCUCCUGAAGAGUUGGUUUUGGUGUUGUUUCUAAGCAUUGUUCCAUAUUAAUGUAUUGUUCAUGAAUUGUACAACUUUUUUCCUUUUUAAGACAGAGUCUCACUCUGUUUGUCGCCUAGGCUGCCUCAGAACAUACUGUGUCACCCAUACUGGCCUUGAGCACAGAGAAGCCCUGCCUAGCAUCCUGGGUGCUGGAGUUACAGGGAUGAGCCG